UCAGCUAGCUUGAUACUGAACCGGUUCAUGUUGUGACUGUACUACUGUCCCAAUAUGUACAUUUAGCUAUUUGAAUUACAUGUUUUCUUAACAUAGCACAUCUUUUCAUGGCACAUGUCCCUUUUACCGUCGGUGCAGUGGAAGUCAGACUGCUUCCCUAAUUACGAAGGUGUUUUGGGGGCUUGAUGCUGUCCAUCCCUGUCCUGCCCCGUGCCAAGUGUCAGUAUGGAUGAAGAAACCCUUGAGGCAGCCAUCUCUACCUAUGGUGCCCAGUUGCAGCAGGUGGAGACAGCCCUGUCAGCUGGCCUGGACCCCUCCCAACAGUCAGACCUGCUAAAACUGAAAGAGGACCUUAUUCAGCUGAUAGAGCUCACCGAGUCCAGCCUGGUGUCUGUCAAAAAGAGUCGUCUUCUGGCCAGCCUCGAGGACAUCAAUGGACUGCAGUCGAGCACCUCAGAGGCAGAAGCUGACACAAACAGUGCAAAUGAGAGUUUGGGUGCUGAGUUUGCUGCCUUCUACUCUGAACUCGGGGAGUCUUCGGGUAGUAGUUCUGAUACUAGAGAGAGGGACAAGGAGGGGGAAGGUGGGCUAGAGGAUGAUGAUGAAGAGGAGGAGGCAGAGGAAGAAGAAGAAGAAGAAGAUGCACUCAGUGGCACCAAAGUAAGAGCACCCUACCGGACUAAAUGGGGGACCCUGGAGUAUCACAAUGCCAUGGUGGUGGGGGCAGAACCACCAGACGGAGAAGAGGCACAAGUACGAGUGCUCUAUGUGUUACCCACCCAGAAGUCUAUGAAACCCUGUCCAUUCUACCUAGAGGACAAAUGCCGCUUCCCAGACAAUUGCAGGUUUUCCCACGGCGAAGUGGUUUAUGUGUCGGAGCUCAGACAGUUCCUUGAGUUUGAUCUCAGUAAUCUUGAAGAAGGAUCGUCCUGCUUGGCUCGACACGAGGACGGCAUCUGGUACCCUGCCAAAAUCAAAGACAUAGACAGUGGUUUCUACACUGUUAAGUUUGACUCAGUGCUGCUGAAAGAUGUCGUGGUCGAGGCUGACGGUGUUAUCCCGCCUUUGAGAGACGACGACCCGCUCUCCUCUGAUUCUGACCUAGAGGACACUCUAGAUGGAGAUGAUCUGGCCUAUGCAAAAGGGACGCUUCCAGAGUGAAGCAGCUGGAAGAGAAGCUGUCAUCGGCCCGCCGGCUGCUGGCCCAGCAGAAAGCCCAGGAGCUGUCCAUCCAGAAAGAGAACAGGAAGGCUGACACACACAAGAAAAUGACUGAGUUCUAAGCUCAGUUCCCUCAAGUUCCCUCAAAGACUUGGAGGAUAAAAGGAAGCACCGCUUGCCUGAAAUGAACUUUUGUCCCUUCCCUGUUGUCAGUUAUUUGCUACACUGUUUUUUUUUUAAAGACAUUUUUUAGCGUUGUUUCUCACCGGCAUCAUGGAUUUGAGCCGGCAGUGGUGCCCACUUUAGACAGAAUGGAUCAUUUACUGAAGAUCAUUUCUGUUUCCCAUUUUACUUUCAAGGACUGAGCAGUUUAUUUUGUUGUUUAGUUUCAAACUGUACAAUUCACAAUAAUGUUACAAACAACAUUUUAUUUGUAAUUAACAUUCUGUCUCAGUGUAUUUGUCUUUAUCAGCACUAAAAACGCUGUUUGGAAAACC